AUGAUGACUUCAGAAUGUAUGCCUGUAACAUUAGAAUUUGGAGGAGGCGCAGAGCUUUUGUUUAAUAAUCUCAAAGAACAUGAACUUCAGUUGCCUAAUUCUCGAAUAUGGACUGUACGUGAGUUACUUAUUUGGAUGAAAGAUAAUUUGAUAGCAGAAAGACCUGACCUCUUCUUUCAUGGAGAUUCAGUUCGACCAGGGAUCCUUGUAUUAGUAAAUGAGACCGAUUGGGAAUUAAUGGGAGAACUGGAGUAUGAAAUUCAAAGAAAGGAUAAAAUAAUGUUUAUUUCUACUCUCCAUGGUGGUUAA